AUGGCCUCUGUUAGAGCUCUCGCCUCCAAGGGCCGCCUGCCCAUGACCCGUGGUCUUCGCACCACUCCUCCCAGUAUCUCUAUCCAGACUCGGGCAAAGACCACCGUGCCUUUCAGACUCCCUGCUGCCCGCAACGAGCCCAAUCCCACUUACACAAGAGGCUCUCCCGAGCGUGCCAAGGUUGAGGAGGCCCUCAAGAGACUCCGAUCUCAGCUCCCCCUCAAGAGCGAGAUCAUCUUCAACGGCGCCUCGCAAAAGAUCGCCAAGAACGAGGACCAGGUCCUGCCUGCUGAGCACGCCGUGACCUUUACCAACUACCCACUCGCCACCAAGGAGCAGGUCUCCACCGCUAUCGAGUCCGCCCUCAAGGCGAAGCAGUCAUGGCAGGACACCCCCUUCGUGGACCGUGUCGCCAUCUUCCAGCGUGCUGCUGAGCUCGUUACCACCAAGUACCGAUAUGAUCUUAUUGCUGCCACUAUGCUCGGCCAGGGCAAGAACGUCUGGCAAGGCGAGAUUGAUGCCGCUGCUGAGCUGGCUGACUUCUUCCGUCUGAACUGCAACUACGCCGCAGAGAUUCUCGAGAAGCAGCCUGACCGUGGUAGCGAUGGCAUGUGGAGCCGAGUCGACUACCGUCCUCUCGAGGGUUUCGUCUACGCCGUCUCUCCUUUCAACUUCACUGCUCUGGGUGGUAGCUUGAUCUCCGGACCUGCUCUGCUCGGCAACGUCGUCCUCUGGAAGCCUUCCCAGUACAACAUCUACCCCAGCACCAUCAUCUACAACAUCCUCGUCGAGGCCGGUCUUCCCCCGGAUGUCAUCCAGUUCGUGCCCGGCGAUGCCGCCGAGAUCACCGACAUCGUCCUCCAGCACCGCGAGUUUGCCGGUCUCAACUUCAUCGGCUCCUCGGACGUGUUCCGAUCCAUCUACGGCAAGAUCGGCCAGGGCAUUGCUGAGAAGCGAUACCGUGAUUUCCCCCGAAUUGUCGGCGAGACCUCCGGCAAGAACUUCCACCUCAUCCACCCUACCGCCGACAUUCCCAACGCCGUUAACCAUACUAUCCGAGGUGCUUUUGAGUACCAGGGCCAGAAGUGCUCGGCCACCUCUCGAGCCUAUGUUCCCGAGUCCCGGGCCAAGGAGUUCAUCGAGGGACUCCAGGCCGGUAUCAAGGAGAUCACUAUUGGCAACCCUGACAAGGACUUUGAGGCUUUCAUGGGCCCUGUUAUCCACCGCCGAUCUUUCGACAAGAUCAAGUCCAUCAUCGAUGAGAGCAACAAGGAUCCUUCCGUCAAGGUGAUCGCUGGUGGCAAGUACGACGGCUCCGUCGGUUUCUUCGUCGAGCCCACCGUCUACCAGGUCGAUGACCCCAACCACAAGCUCUUCAACGAGGAGAUCUUUGGUCCCGUCCUGGCUGUCCACGUUUACCCUGAUGCUGAGUGGAAGCCUCUCCUCCAGAAGAUUGACAAGAACGGUGGCGGUCUUGCCCUGACCGGUGCUGUCUUUGCCAACAACCGCUCCGCCCUCCGUGAGGCUGAGGACACCCUCCGCUACUCUGCCGGUAACUUCUACCUUAACUGCAAGACCACCGCCGCCCUCAUCGGCCAGCAGUCCUUCGGUGGUGCCCGAAGCUCGGGUACCUGCGAUCGCGCUGGCAGCUCAGACUUCCUCCGACGCUUCACUGCUCCCCGACUCAUCAAGGAGGAGUUCUUUGAGCAGAAGGAGUUCCUGUACCCCAGCAACAAGUAG